AGGUGCAGUUCUGACCUCCUAGGAUCUGUGUAACUCAAGACUGUGCCCAUCCCCAGACACAGGAGGAAAAAUGACCAUGUUCAAGGAGGUGGUGACCUUCAAGGAUGUGGCUGUGACCUUCACGGAGGAAGAGCUGGGGCUGCUGGACUCCACCCAGAGGAAGCUGUACCAGGAAGUGAUGCUGGAGAACUUCCGGAACCUAGUCUCAGUAGAAGGAAAGAUCCAAAGUGAGAUGGAGACUGCUUCAGAAGCAGGACUACAUGAAGAGCUUUCCUCCUGGCAGAUCUGGCAACACAUUGCAAGUGACUUCACCAGGUGUCAAGACUCCAUGAUAAAAAGUUCUGAAUUCCACCAACAAGGUGACUCAUCUGGCCAGGUUGGGGCAGGAUUCUCUGAAACUCACACAGGCCAGAAACCUUAUCAGUGUAAUGAAUGUACAAGAUCUUUCAAUGAUGUCUCCAACUUUGAUCUUCAUCAACAAAUAUACCCAGGAGAGAAGUCUCAUACAUGUGGUGAGUGUGGAAAAAGCUUCUGUUACAGCUCAGCACUUCGCAUUCAUCAGAGAGUUCACUCGGGAGAGAAACGCUAUAAGUGUGAUGAGUGUGGCAAGGAGUUCAGUCAGAGCUCACAGCUGCAAGCUCAUCAGAAAGUCCACACCAUAGAGAAGCCAUUCAGAUGUGAGCAGUGUGGGAAAGGCUUCAGUCGUAGGUCAACACUUACUGUUCAUUGUAAAUUACAUAUGGGAGAGAAACCUUAUACUUGUGACCAAUGUGGAAGGGCCUUCAUUCAUGCUUCACAUCUUCAGGAACAUCAGAGAAUCCACACUGGGGAGAAACCGUUCAAAUGUGAUAUAUGCGGUAAGAACUUCCGCCGUAGAUCAGCCCUUAACAGUCACUGUAUGGUCCACACUGGAGAGAAGCCAUACAAAUGUGAGGAGUGUGGGAAGUGUUUCACUUGUAGCUCAAAUCUUCAUAUCCAUCAGAGGGUCCACACAGGAGAGAAACCUUAUAAAUGUGAGGAGUGCGGUAAGUGCUUCAUUCAGCCUUCACAAUUUCAGGCCCAUCGGAGAAUCCACACGGGAGAGAAACCGUAUGUCUGUAACGUGUGUGGUAAGGGCUUCAUUUACAGUUCAAGUUUUCAAGCCCAUCAGGGAGUCCACACAGGAGAGAAACCAUACAGAUGCAGUGAGUGUGGGAAGAACUUCAGGAUGAAAAUCCAUUAUCAAGUUCAUCUGGUCAUCCACACAGGAGAGAAACCCUAUAAAUGUGAGGUAUGUGGGAAAGGCUUCCGUCAGAGUUCAUAUCUUAAAAUCCAUCAGAAGGCCCACAGCGUAGAGAAACCUUACAAAUGUGAGGAGUGUGGGCAGGGCUUCAAUCAGAGUUCACGACUUCAGAUCCACCAGCUGAUCCAUACCGGUGAGAAACCAUACAAAUGUGAAGAGUGUGGGAAGGGAUUCAGUCGUAGAGCAGAUCUUAAAAUUCACUGCAGAAUCCACACCGGAGAGAAACCAUAUAAUUGUGAAGAGUGUGGGAAGGUUUUUAGUCAGGCGUCUCAUCUUCUGACCCAUCAGAGAGUCCACAGUGGAGAAAAACCAUUCAAAUGUGAAGAGUGUGGGAAGAGCUUCAGUCGGAGUUCACACCUUCAAGCCCAUCAAAAAGUCCACACUGGAGAAAAGCCAUACAAAUGUGAGGAGUGUGGGAAGGGCUUCAAGUGGAGCCUGAACCUCGACAUGCAUCAGAGGGUCCACACAGGAGAGAAACCAUAUAAGUGUGGGGAGUGUGGGAAGCACUUCAGUCAGGCCUCAAGUCUUCAGCUUCAUCAGAGUGUCCACACUGGAGAGAAGCCGUACAGAUGUGAUGUGUGUGGUAAAGUCUUUAGUCGGUCUUCACAGCUUCAGUAUCACAGGCGAGUUCACACAGGGGAGAAACCUUACCAGUGUGAGACGUGUGGUAAAAGCUUCAGUUGGCGCUCCAAUCUUGUAAGUCAUCACAAGAUGCAUACUGGGGAUACAUUUUAUGAAAGCAGCGAGAGUGGUAAGAACAUCAAGGAACUGUCAGAGGAGAGAAGUUCUACAAAAUGAUGUUUUCAAAAAACUCAUGUGCAACAUGAAUUCUUGCAAGCAUCAGGUCUCAUAGGAGAGAAAGUAUUUUAGGUUAGUUGGUGUUGAAGCAGUAGCUAAACAGAUCCUAGUGUUCACCAGACCACACAGCAGAGACCCCUUCUGAGUGGUGCAGUAAGGGCUGCAUUCAGAACUUUGACAUUUAUCAGAUGUCACUUAGGAGAUAGCACUUAGAAAGGAAAAGAGUUUGGUCUGGCCUUUAACAAAAGUGUAAGGAUGAGCUAGUCAAAAUUGAUGUCCAUGAGAAUGUGCGCUCCAUGAGGGCAGGGACUUGGCUGCUGAAUCUACACAACCUUAUCAUUGACUAGCGCUUUUAGGUGUGCUCAGUACUUGUGCUUUAAAUAAACCAAAAGGGGGAAAUGUAUAAUAUAUGAAAGUUGUAUCCAGAGGAGGAAACCUGCAAAAUAAAAUUAAUUCAGGACAUGAACAUUUGUU